AUGUUCGGGCUCAUCCCAGAGGACCGCCAGUCCAAACUCGGGGUCAGUGAAGAUCUAGAUGCGAUGCAACUACCCGGUAGCCCGUUGUCGAGGCGCCAUUCCUCCAUUUCGUCGAGUGCGGGGCUCUCCACCGUUAUGGAAGAGCGCCUUGCCAAUGCGUCGCCUGAAGUGGAAGCUAUAGAUUGCAGCCGGUCACCCCGCGGGGAUGAGGAAAAUGCCCUUGUGGCCAGUAUAGCUGGGGGGAAUGGUAUGCCACGGACCUUGUCCAUGCUGCCUGGGCACGAGCCAGAAAGCUAUUCUCUUCUUUCGCAUUAUCUCGCCAAGACGGCCGAUGUGAUGGCCAAUGGCACCACGCCUAUCAACCCAUUCUUGGUGCAAAUCGUACCGCUAGCGUUUGCCAGUGAUCUACUAUUACAACUUGUCAUUGCGCAGAGUGCCGCACAUCGGGCUUUUCGACGGCGUGACGACUCGGAUGCUGUCGCCAAUUCGCACUACACGAAAGCCAUCCAGCUCUUCAGGCACGGCGUUAACGAGUUCAUCCAGGGAAGAGAGUCGAAUCCGCUCAUGCUGCUGGUUGGUGCCUUGUUGAUGUGCUUUACCGAGACUGCCAAGGGCGACAUGACGGGAACCGUUUUUGACCACUUGUCGGCUGCCCACUCGUUGUUAGUGAAGCUCCUAGCACAAAGCGAUACCGCAGUGCCAAGAGAUCUCAAAGAUUUUGUCAUCGAAUAUUAUGUCUACACGGCGACUGUCAGCAUGAUCUCCAUAGAUGCCCGCUGGAGCGGCCAGCUGUUUCUCAACUUUGACCUCGAGCAACGAGCGCGUGAGGUACUCCGCACACAAUACGUCGGGAACUUGUGCGGCUGCUGGUUGGAGCUUUUGCUUCUCAUCCCUUGCAUUUUUGAUCUCGGCCGACAGUGGAUGAUGGAUGAUGCUCAGGCCACCGUUCCGACCGCGGACGACAUGGCUAUGUUCGCCUCAAUCCAGGCCCAAAUUCUGCGCUGGGUUCCCUACACUUUUGUGGAGCCUGAAGUAUAUCUAGCCGGUCUUGUCUUUCAGCAAGCCAUGCUGAUCUAUCUGUACACCUCGCUUGGGGGUUAUACAUACUCUGCAGAUGGAAUUUACAAGGGCCUUGUCCAAACUGCGGUUAAUGAGACACUGUCCUAUCUUGACGAGAUUUCCCCACAAGCUCGAAUCAAUUCCGGGCUUUGCUGGCCGAUCGCAGUGGUUGGGUCCUGCCUCGAGAAACCCGAACAACAGGAAGGUCUACGGACACGCUUGACCGCAAUGGCAAGCCAUUUUGGCCUUGGGAAUAUGCAACGAACGCUUCUUCUGCUGGAGGCCAUAUGGGAACACCCCUCAACUGAUGCAGGCCCAUGGAAUAUAUGUCGGACAAUGCAGUCCAAACAGAUUUGGAUCUCCUUUGCGUGA